UGUUAGAAAGACAAGGACUCGCUCUGCAUGUUUUUAUAAUGCGCAAUACAAAUGAAGCAGCUACUUUCACGUUGUGGUGUAAUGCAAAAGAUUUCACCACGUCUGGAAACCAAGAUAAACCGCCCCAAUCAUUUAUUUGCAGCAAUUAUCGAUAGUGUUCUGGGACCCACGUUCGCUCGCGGGAAUGGCUUUAUGAAAACCACACAGCAGCACAUCACCUCACUUAAAUGAAAGAAGCUGGCGAACGGAACUCGAGGAAUAGCCUACUUUAGCAAACUUCUACCCUUCAUCCGACUCGUCCUCCGCCAUGGCGUACGCUGCGUAUUGGUCGAGGAUCACAGGUGACAAUUCAUUACAAAAAGCCAAUGUUCCUCAGACCUCAAGGUUCCAGUCUCAGCAGGUCACACCCACCCCAGCAUCUCAGGUCUCCACAGCGAAUCCUGCAAAACAUGAGAAAGGGCCUACACAACCAUCUACUGCAGUGACUGUCAAACCCGGCACCACUCCUGCAACCCCAGCAGCUCCUUCAGGAGCAUCAGGAGGUGGAGGCUUCACCACCACUCAGAAAGGACCUUCUCAAGUAACGCCACAGGCUACAGUCUCUAAACCCACACCUGCACCUUCUGCUAAAGACCCAGCUGUGAGCUCUGGGACGGGACAUGCUGGGAUGACAGGAGUGAAGGCCACAGACCCUCUGAAAGACAAGGCCCAGAGCACAACCGUUCCUUCGUCCAAACCGGGACCUGCUAAGGUGGAUCCGGCGGUCGGGAAGCCCUCAGCCCCGGCCAGUGUGCAAAAACAGACAAGCGCUCAAAAGGUGCAAGUGGAAGUGGGUCCUCCAGGAGCUAAAGUCAGUUCGGAGGAUGUAGAUCCGUUUGAUGCCCUGUCUGGCACAUUACCAUCAUCACAACCUGUGGCUCCUAAAGUCCCAGCAUUCACUGGACCAGAGGUCAAAGAGCCAAAUGUAAAAGCAGAAAAGGGUGUUAUCUGUGGUGAGAGAGAUGACACGUUGCCACCCGGAUACAGACGAGCAGACCUGGAAAAGAAAACACCUGCUGGAGUUCCUGAGAAGCCUAAAGAUGUUCCCAAGCCUAUAAGCACAGAUGAAGCAAUGGACUCCCUCUCAGCUGGGUUUGUGUCUUCAGUUCCAGCUGCUCCUAAGAAGACAGAUGUGAAAACUGAAACAGUAGGAGCAGUCGAUGUUCGGCAGGCAGGCAUCUCCAACUUUGCUCCCCCUCCACCCUCUCAGAAACAAAUGGAAACUUCUCAGCCUGCUGCUGUAACCAAAUCAUCUGCUCCACCUGCUGACAAGAAAGCCAGGAUUGAAACCCCUGCACAACCCACUAAACCAAAGACAGAUCAGGCGGACAACUCCAUGUCGCUGGACGCUCUCAGCGCUUUGGGCGAUACACUGGGUGCUCCAGAACCACCCAAAAAAUCACCUGAACUCAAGCCUGAGCAGAUUGUUGAUGAGAAGAAAUGGACAUCAGAGAAGGGUGUUCGUGUUGGAGAGAGAGAAGACACACUUCCACCAGGUUACAGAUUCUCAGAGGAAGAGCUCAUGAAAUAUCCUCCUCCUGAGAAAGAGCCCUCACUGGACACAGACGAUGCUCUGGACAUUCUCUCUGGAGGUUUCACGGAGCCCGUGGCAGCACCUGUUGUUAAGGCCGCUGUUCCUCCUGCACAGGAAAAGAAGAAGCCUGAAGCUGUUCCUGAAAAGGCUAAAGAUGCUCCUAAGGAAACAAAAAAACCUGCUGGGGUUCCUGAGAAAUCUAAAGAUGUUCCCAAGCCUAAAGUGGAUGAAUUAUCAGCACUGGAUGCUCUGGCAAGUGAUUUUGUGGCUCCUGCACAGUCUGCACCUAAGGUUUCUUCGUGUGCUCCUAAUAUUGUCCCUCCUGGCCCUAAACAAAAACCACAGACAGAUGAGGACGCUCUCAGUGCUCUGGGUGACACACUGGGUAAACCAGAGCCACCCAAAAAAGAACCUGAACUCAAACCUCGGGACAUCGUUCAUGAGAAGGAUUUGACAUCAAAGACGGGAGUUCGUGUUGGAGAGAGAGAAGACACACUCCCACCAGGUUACAGAUUCUCAGAGGAAAAGCUCAAGACAUAUCCUCCUCCUGAGAAAGAGCCCUCCUUAGACGCUAAUGAAGCUAUGGAUAUUCUGUCUGGUGAUUUUACAUCCCCUUCUGCGGCAUCGUCUGCCAAGACCCCCGUUUGUCCUCCCUCUAAGUCUCCCGCUAAGCCUUCAGAUUCUGCUUUAGAUGCUCUUGCAGGUGAUUUUGUCGCUCCUUCUUCUGCAUCUAAAGUUCAGUCUGCCGUCUCUGGACCACAACACGCUGGCAGACAGUUGUCAGAAGGUACCUCAUCAGCUCUGGAUGCCCUCUCAGACACUCUAGCAGAUUUUAAAGCAGCCCCUGAGCCUGCCCCUGUCCCGCCUAAAGACGUUGUUAAGGAAAAGAAUAUAGUUGAGGAGAGAAUGAAUAAACCAGGUGAGAGGGAGGACACACUUCCACCAGAUUAUCGUUUCACAGAGGAAGACCGCAAGGCAUUUGAAGCAGCAAAGCAGAAAGACGUCAAACCAAAGCCGACAUCCAUCGAUGACUCCACAGCCCUUGACAUGCUGUCUAGUGAUUUUUCUGCAGUAGCGCCCGUGAAGCCCUCGGCACCCGAGGCCAAACACUUCACCCCUGAACCACAGCCGCCAACAUUUAAGGCAUCAGGUCCAGUUUUCGAUGAGCUGGCGGAAAAAAUGAUUCCCAACCUGACUGACCCCAAAGCCAAAGACAGCAAACCAAAGGGAAAGGGUGCAAAACCAAAGUCUAAACCGAAGAAACAGUCAGUAGAAGAUCCAUCAGUCACAGAGAAGCAGCCCGGUAAAAUGAGCUCAGAUGUGGUGCCUUCAUCUUCCACAAAGGGCGGAAAAAGAUAGAUCACACAUUUAUGGUGUGUCGUCUCAUCCCUAACACAAGAAACCAUUAAAGGGAGCUGCUCAGUCAAUGAAUAUAUUUUAUGGUGUACAUGGAACCAAACUUAAAAAAUUAUAACUGCACAGAGACACUUAAACAUGUAUUUUCAGAGCCCCCCCCCCCUUCUUUUCUCCUAAAGCAAAGCAACAAUUAAUAUAACAAUCUUUUAUCUCAUUGUGAAUUACAGAACAUGUAUAUAUGGAAAGGAUGUUUACAUCAAGCAUGUAUUGUUCUGUUUUUUCAGUCAUCUAUUUUGGAGUUGCGUUGUGAUGUCGUUUUUCUCUCAGUAAAAACAAAAUCAUGCCAUAUACAAUUUUUUUACAUUUUUUUUAUGAUGACUGUCUAUUGCUUUUUGAGGAUCUAUUGAGACACUAGUGUACAGAGAUGCCGUAGGUUAUGAAUUAUUCAUUUCCAUCGUUGCAGCAGAUGACUGUGAUGAUGUCUUUUUGACUAUUGAAUGUCUGUAUAAUGAUUUUAGUCAGAAAAGGUUUAUAUGGGAGGUGUUUUUCUUUGUAGUUUGUUUCCUGAAGUGCACUUGCAAGGAUGCUUUCGAAAAUAACUGUAAAAUAAUAUUGCAAACACUAAACGCCCCAUGUGCCCCAUUUAUCACAAAAGCCUUGGGAAAUAAUAAUCGAACAACUUGUGUUGCACAUGUUGCACUCUUAAAAUGUUUUCCACUUGAUUUUGGAGGUGAAUCGGGAAUUUGUGUAGCUUAAGCUCAAGGUUUUAAAUGUAUUGUCAGAACCACUAGUAAGUCGACAGGUGUUACAUUAUAUGUGGUGGACAAAGUCAGAAUCUUUCACUUUCACUUUAACUCAAUUGUGUUUAAGGGCAACCACAACGUUGCCGUUUUGCUUAACAUCAGUUCUCACUGUUCGAUGCUUUAAAAUCUUCUAAUAGCUUUCAUAGCUGAUGAUAGAAACCGAGAAAUGAUCUUUAAACCCAACUGCGUCAUGAAAUGUUGAACAGAUUCAGAUCCUAUAGCAUUCUAAGAUGUUGUGUAUAAGUCAUUGUUACAGGUUGGUA